AGGUUUCCUGAAGAAAGUAGGUCUCUUCUCAACAUGGCUCUAGAAAACAUUUACACUGAAGUGAACUUCAAAAAUGAAUCAGGCACCAACUCAGAUUCAUCUACAGAUUUAACUAGUGUGGUUUCUCUUUUAACUCCUAAAAAGAAGAUCCUCCACAAAAGUAAUCCUGGUUUCCCCACGCUGCUUCUUGCCCUGUUGAUGAUAUUUUUCCUGUUAUUGGCAAUCUUAUUUUCUGUUGCUCUUGUCAUUCUGUUUCGAAUGUAUUCUGAUCUUCUUGAGGAAAAAAAUACUAUAAAACAACUGAAUUACACAAAGUUGGAAUGCAUAAAAAACCAUUCACCUAUGGAAGACAAAGUCUGGAGCUGUUGCCUAAAGAAUUGGAAGCCACUUAAUUUCCAUUGCUACUUCAUUUCAACUGGCUCAAAGUCUUGGAGUGAGAGUGAGGAGAACUGUGCCAGCAUGGGGGCUCACCUGCUGGUGAUCUGCAGCAAGGAAGAGCAGGACUUCAUCACCAUGAACCUGGACACUCACGCUGCUUAUUAUGUGGGGCUAUCGGAUCCAGAGGGUCAGGGACAAUGGCAAUGGGUUGAUCAGACACCAUACAACUCAAAUGCCACAUUCUGGCUUCCAGGUGAUCUCAAUUGUAACAAGGAAUAUUGUGUUGUGCUAAAUCAUCAUCUUAACAUUAGAGGAUGGGGCUGGAAUAAUGUCUCUUGCGAUAGUGAUCAUAGAUCAGUUUGUGAGCUGAUGAAGAUCUACUUAUGA